AUGGCGCCAGACGUGACUUCAAAUGUAAGGCCACGCUCUCCGGAAGCAUCACUUGGGAGCGACCGUAAACGCAGGCGGAAAGUCCUAUCCUGCUAUGACUGCCGCCGCAGAAAGCUGCAAUGCGAUCGAGCAAUGCCAGCUUGUUCACGCUGCACCAAAGCCGGCCAAGCGGCAAAUUGCUUGUACUUGGAUGAACCCAUCGAAGGCUCGGCCGAGCUGACGAACCGAGGGCCUUUUGACGGCCAUAUCAGUAGACCGAUCCAACCAGGCGGACCCGUUGGCGACACUCUCGCAAGAUUAGAGUAUCAGGACCGCCGUAUCAAGCAACUAGAAACCGCGUUAGCGCAAGCCAGUAACUCGUCUGCAAUCGAUCCUACGUUACGGGUUCGUAGUAUGAAGCUGCCGCUCACACCAGAGUCUUUCAUGCCGACCGCGGAGCCCAAUGGUGCUACGAUCAAUGAUCGUGAGACUAUGCUUCUGCGCGGCACGUCUUUCAAGACUCGGUUCCAUGGCUCAACGCAUCCGGCCUCUCUGAUUGCGCAUAUUCCAGAAUUCAAGGUCUUCACAAGAGAAACGUUCGACAAGCAUCCUACGCUGCAUAGAAUCAGACAGGAUAUGCAGGCGCUAGAAGAUCGGACCGACAAUGCUGGAUCGACGUCACGGCCCACCAGCGGUGAUGACCUGAAAGCACUCUUGCCGGAGAAGGCUGAGGCUGAUGAACUUAUUAAACUCUAUCUUGACAGUUAUGGUACGAUCUACCACAUCGUGCAUAUGCCAUCUUUUCGAAAGGAGUAUGACGACCUAUGGGAGGACAGGGCAGCAGCGCGACCUCACUUUGUUGCCGUCGUUCUAUUGAUGAUGGGCGCAACGCAAUGUUUGACAACCACUCAACCAUGGCUGUACUUUGCCAAUAGCUCCGCGGCCAGAGAAAAAGCCGUUACAUACAUCCAAGCCUGCGAUGACUGGCUACAGGCGCAGAGUCAGAAGCAUGUGACUGCUGCCGACUUCCAAAUCCGCUUCUUGCUGGCUUUGGGACGCGUUGUGAGUGCUCGCAAGUACAAGCGGGCCUGGACAGACGCCGGCACGUUGCUGCGCUUCUGCAUGGCUGCAGGUUUGCACCGCAACCCUGAGCUCAUCCGGAAAGAGACUUCAGCGCUUGACAAAGAACUGCGACGGCGGAUAUGGGCGGCUGUUGUCGAGCUGGAACUACAGGCCUCGUUCGGACGUGGCAUGGUCUGCGCACCGUGGCCGAUGCAAGCUGACUGUCCACCACCUAGCAAUAUAUCCGACGACGACAUUGAUCAGCCCAGUGAGCGGCUACCCAAUCCUCUCCGGAUUCAGGAGUUCACCAUGUCCUCAUACCUUGCGUUGGUGAACGAAUCGGUGCUGCUCAGGCACAGCAUCAACACGAUGCUAAAUAACAUCCGACAGACGCUGACGUUCGAUGAUGCGAAACGCUUCACCGAAGAGAUCCAAGCAUACCUCCAAGCUAUCCCACAAUGGACCGAUCCUCGCUCAGAGACAGCACGGGCACUCUUGACGAUCAACCUGCGCCAAUAUUUGCUAGCGCUGCAUGACCGUCAGAUCCGCCAAGCAGACACCAUGCUUGAACGUAGUUUCUCGCGCAUGAUACUCGUAGAUACUGCCACGCGCAUUAUGAAAACGCACAAGUCGCUUAUCGACAAGGGCAACCACGCGCUAGAGAUCAUGUGCCGCGACCACUUACGAGCGGCUCUAUCGAUCUGCUACGUUGCCACCACCAUCGACCUACAGGCCGAAAGCGGCAUUGGCUCCUUUAUCGAGCAGCACGCAGACAGAGUGAUGGAAGACGCCAUCUCCAUGCUUACGGACAAGACGAUCCGUUUCGGUCGUGAGCAGCGACAACUUUGGAUCGCAUUGGCGGCGCACGGCUUAUGGAAAGCAAAGAAAGACCCUUCGCGACGUGCGGAGUACAUGCAGGAAGCCGUCGACAAAAUCACGCGUCCGUACUACAAGAUUAUGGCGUGUCAGGAAGAGGGGCUGAGCGCACUGCAAGGCACGUCGGUGGAGAAAGCGGUGCAGCGAGCGGUGGAUGAGACGUCAAAUGCUAUGAUGGAGUAUCCACCGCUUGUGCCACCGACGAGAUCUGGCGAAGAACAACCCGCGCCGCAGGACGCGCCUCUGAUAGACAUUGACCUGGAUGAAAUCGAAGCUUGGACGUUCGAUAGCUGGCCGUUCAACCCUACGGAGAUGCAGCAGGCGUUUGCUGAGCCGAGCACUUACUACCCUCCAGUGAGCUGA